AUGUUUAAAGACAAUUUCUUAGUCAACCCUGUAAAAGAAGCAUUUGAGAUGCACGAUGCUGAGACCUACAGUGCCAAGGUGUCAACAUGUAUAACGGAGGAGGACGUGGUACGAACAAUAAAGUCAAUAUCCAAAGGGAAAUCUCCCGGACUUUCCACAGAAAGUGCGACCAUAUGUCUUAAACACACAAUUAACUAUUAUACAUCUCGAAAAACUAAAGUCUAUGCUGCCUUCCUCGAUUUGUCCAAAGCAUUUGACUUGGUUUCCUAUGACAUACUCUGGAAAAAAUUGGAUGAAUUAAAAGUACCAAGCGAUAUUGUUAGAAUUCUGCAAGUUUGGUAUGGAAAUCAGGUCAAUGUUGUCAAAUGGUCAGACAUGUACUCUGAUUCGUAUAAGUUGAAGUGUGGCGUAAGACAGGGGGGUCUUACCUCCCCUGUCUUGUUCAACUUGUACAUCAAUGGCCUGAUCGUUGCGCUGAGCAGUCAGCAUGUCGGCUGCCAUGUUGAUCACGUCUGUGUAAACAACAUCAGUUACGCAGAUGACAUGGUACUGUUGAGCGCAUCGGUCUGUGGUCUGAGGAAAUUACUCGCAAUUUGUGAAAACUAUGCAAAUAGUCACGGCUUAAUUUAUAAUGUAAACAAAAGUUAUUUUAUGAUAUUUGAGAAAGGUGGUAAAAACAAUGAUAAUAAUGUGCCUGACGUUAAACUCUGUGGUUUGACCUUGAAUAGAGUUUACCUGUUUAAAUACUUAGGGCAAAUCAUUACCACUGAUCUCAAAGACGAUUGUGACAUAGAGAGGGAGCGAAGGGCGUUGUCUGUGAGGGCCAAUAUGAUCGCUCGCAGGUUUGCCCGAUGCUCCAAAGAAGUGAAAAUCACUUUGUUUAGAGCUUACUGCACGAGCUUCUAUGCGAGCAGCCUGUGGGCGACAUACAAGCAAAAGUCCUACAACGACCUUCGCGUUCAAUAUAAUAAUGCCUUCAGGGUGCUGAUGGGACUACCUCGCUUCUGUAGCGCAUCAGCGAUGUUUGCAGAAGCCCGCGUCGACUGCUUUUAUGCCACAAUGCGCAAAAGAUGCGCAUCCCUGGUGCGCAGGGUGCGAGCCAGUCCCAACAGCAUACUUAGCUUAAUAGCAAGUAGGCUAGAUUGUAAAUAUAUUAAUCACAGCCUAAAGCUGCAUGUGGCGCUUGGUGUAUAGUUAGCUUAUUGUAUUGUUACUAACAUAGUUCGUAAGUAUCCUACUAACUAAAUAAUGAGCUUG